AUGGCUCUGUCCUGCAGAGCAAAGACGGCUCUUCUGAGAGGCCUUCGUCCUCUCGUCUCUACCCAGCACCAGCUGGCCGCUACCCAGCAAGUCCUCUCGUCGGCAUGCUCAGAGGAGUGUAUCUACUGCGAUAUCUGGAAACUGGCCACACUGAUUGCCUCUCAUUCUCCCCUCUCUGCUCGAUACAACCUCAUUACGGGCACACCUACCAGCUCACCUGUCUCGUCUGCACCCUCCAGCCCUGUGGCAUCCUCACCUAUUGCCGAGUCCUCAACACCAUACACCUCCAUCAUCUCAGCCUCCAAGCGAAUCGAAGCACAGUUUCAGACUCAACGAUCCAAGCUCAAUUCCAUCCUCAGUAUCUGCACAGUCUCCGGGGUGGAUGCCACUGAAGGUCUGAGAUUGGCUCAUGACAGAUGUGCUGCGGCGGUGGAGGACUUGCUUGACCAGGAAGAGGAUUUGGAGGAGGAGCUGUUGCGGGAUCUCCAAGAACAGCAAUACGACUACUCUUACAACUACGACUUGCAAUACGCCUAUCCAAGCGACUCGGGAGCAUACGGAUACACGUACGAGAGAAGACCCAGUAUGGUCCACGUGACGCACUGA